UUGCUUGCCCAGAACAGCCCUAGCAUGCCCAGGUCGGCAGUCGCCGUAAGAGAAAUGCCCGCGGUGCGGGGGAAGUUCAGGGAUCGCGGCCCCCGCGAUCGAAGCCCCCACAAAGCUAGAUCUGAAACCACAUCUGAAUCCUCCAUCCAGGCCCCUCCAACCCCGCCAAAGGAUUGGGCGCCUUUGACCGUGGGCAGUAUAAAAUACUUCAGUCGUCACAAAGGGGAGGUCAAUUCGUGUGCCUUCUCCCCGGACACUCGGAUCCUCCUCACGUGCUGUGAUGACAACAAGGUGUACAUGUGGGGGGCUCGGACUGGGAAUUUGCUACGGAGGCUGCCGGGCCACACAGCUCCAGUGCUAUUCUGCAGAUUCUCUCCUGAUGGCAGAUUUUUUGCAAGUGCCUCUCGUGACUGCACAGUCCGGUUAUGGGACGCCCAAACUACCCGGUGCAUCCAGGUUCUGAAAGGUCAUUCCCGGGGUGUGGAGACAGUCAGCUUCAGUUCAGACUCUAAUCAGCUGGCAUCUGGAGGCUGGGACCACAAAGUUAUACUCUGGGAAGUACAGACAGGUCAAAUCAUCAUUCAACUCCUUGGACAUCAAGAUGCCAUCCAAAGCAGUGACUUUUCACCCAAUUCAGAAUAUCUUGCUACUGGCUCCUGGGAUGCUACAGUCCGAGUCUGGGAUCUGCGCUCAUUGGACAAGAUUAAAAAUAAAGUACUGGAAGGCCACAAAGGAAACGUCAGCUGUGUGUGUUUCUCCCCAUCUGGGCUCCUGGCCUCAGGUUCCUGGGACAAAACCAUCCGCAUCUGGAAUCCCGAGACAGGAAAACUCCUAGCCAAACUGUUAGGACAUCUGACUUGGGUGAAGAGCAUGGCCUUUUCUGCUGAUGGGCUUCGAAUGGCUAGCUCAGAAUACUCUGAGAUGGUUAAAAUCUGGGAUUGUACAACUGGAAAAUGCACAGAGAGCCUGAGGGGAGUUUUAGAAGUGGCCCAUGUCUGUGCUUUCACCCCAGAUGGGAAGUUGUUGGUUUCGGGGUCAGCUGAUCACCGAAUAUUUGGAGAAGGAACUGCAGAUCAUCAAGUAUUUGGAGAAUAUUCCAAGCGCUGUCAGAUGAGCCAUUCAACAACUCCGAAGUCAACUUUAAGUGACAACUGUUCCAAGGGCAGUGAAAUACGCAAUUUAAGUGUACAUUAUAUGGAACCAGGAGCCACAAUGAAGAGAGCUAGGAACAGCACCAUUUCCCCUUUAGGACAAGAACUGAAAAUCUAAGACCCAAGUCAAGUUAUAAGAAGUUCAAAAGAAACAGUGUUCGGGUUAACCUUAAAUUCAACUAUCUUGAACUAGAAACUAAGACUUCUUAUGAUUAUCAAUAAAGAGUCAAGACA